AAGUUGAUUUCUUUUUUCUCUUCUCUUUUAAGUUUCUUUCAUUACAACAUCAAGCAACUCUUAACUGCAAUAACAAAUUACUGUCCUAUUCGACGAAUACUGGUGCACUUAUACGACAUCUCAACCUUUCCCACAUCCUCUACAACAAACCGCAACCAUGGGCGGCAUCUCGGCAGUUCUUCUCAUCCUCAUUACUAUCUUCUUCCCUCCCAUCGGUGUAUGGGCAAUCUCGGGAUGCGGGAUGGAUCUGUUCAUCAACAUUUGCCUGACCCUCCUAGGAUACAUUCCUGGUCACAUCCACGCCUUCUAUCUUGAGUACAUCUACUUCGACCGCCGAGAGCAAGCGCGCGAGGGCCGUUUUGCGACUGGACCGGCGCCUGGUGUGUAUUCCGACAACGUGCAGACUGGAGGUCAGGGAUACGGAACCAUUGGACGUACUGGUUAGGAACGACGAAUGUGAGAGAGAUGGUGCAGAGGGAUUUGUGUUGUUGAAGAAUAAAGCUGAAGUGGUUCGCAUCACUUCGAGUGGCCAGACCACCGAUAUCGGAAUUAGCGACAUGGUGGGGGCUGUAGAGAUGUUACCACGGACCAAGAAUUAAUGAUAGAUGUAUUAUCCACAGAAGAUGGUGUGCUGUCUUGUUUUUCCAGCCUGCAAAGAGAAUGACAUGCUCUAGCAACAGUGGUUUCCUGGGCGUUGCAGGAAUCAUUCUGUUGAACAUACGCCUGGGCCAACGACCACAUUGAUUGAUCUCAGAUGAUGCAUCUCAUGCAUCAGUGCAUGGGUUUACGAUGGUGUCUUAAAAGUUGCUUAGUAUAGAUUCAGUGUUGGCAAAGACGACGGGAUGAAAGCUCCAAUCAUUAGGAAUUGGACAAC